AUGCAGUCGGAUAUUAUUUUAAAUUUCAAUGUGGAGCUAACCGCCAUCCACAACACAAGAGCUCCAAGUAAAACAUUGAUUCAACAAAUCACAAAAGCUGCAAUGAAAGGCAGAUUUCUCUACAAGCAUGUGGUUUUUAGUAUAGAAAGAUUUUUGGAUAAGUGUCGCCCACAUCAUCGUAUUCACGUAUUAUAUCUUGUCGAUAGCAUCGUUCGGACUUCGAAACGUGCAUUUCCCAACGAUGAUCCGUUUAGCGAGCGAUUCUUACUAGCAUUUCCAAAAAUGAUGAAAAUCCUUCUUAAUGUGAAGCCCAUCGAGAAGCUUAAAGUGGUUCGAAUCCUCAAUUUAUGGCAAGCAAAUGGUGUAUUCACCAAGGAGGAAUUGGCACCAUUUUUGAAAUAUUGUCAGGAUGUUGGAUUGAACACUGAUCCAGAGUAUGUCGAAAGAGAAGUCAAAGGAGAUGCGGCGGACAUGCGCAUCUAUGGGGGAAAGUAUGUGAAGAAGUCGACGCUUCAACGCUCCACAACUCCUCCGAUGCCUCCGCCGCCGCUUCAGAAGAAUGACGGAUUACUUGGCGAUGCUCCAAGCAAACCAACGGGACCAUCAUUCGAACCAUCGAAUGAGAUUAUUGAUGGUGUGAUCAGCGAGAAGGAUAUGCUGGAUUUAAUCCAAUCGAAUGGGUUCGAAGGAAGCCGAAUUUACGCGGAAGACCACAAAUUGCUCCAAAGCGCGCACUCGAUAUUUGUUGGCAGUUUGAAGGCCAAAAUUGAAACGCACAAUCAAUUGAUUGCUCAAUCGAAAUCGCUCAAUCCCGAUAAUAUUAAGAAUGUUUUAACAAAAGAUUUCGACUAUAGUGACGAUGAAGAUGAGAAAGAAGAAGAGCCGGCACCGCAAGAAAAUGAUUCGUUGAGCCAUCAGGAUAUCGUCAAUAUGGCCGCCGAAAUGUUCAAUAAUGAAAAUGUCGUUAAAGCUUUACAAACUAUGAUUACCGAAAGAGAAAAUGAGCGAUUGGCUCAAAUGGCUCAAACCGCUCCACCACAGAUUUCGCUCCCACCAAAUUUGCAAAUCCCACCAAAUAUGGCGCACAUUGCGCUUUCCGAGUUUAAUAAGCAAUAUCUUGCCACUGCUUCGAAACUUGUCGAUGGAUCACAAUUAGCACGAUUUCCGCCGCCAAAUGUGUUCUCGCAAAUGCCGCAACUCCAAGCGAGCAAUUUGAUGGGGCUCCUCAACCCUCAAUUGCUUCAAUCGCUUCCAAUGCUACCGAAUAUGGGAUUGUUGCCGCCAAAUGCGCAAACGGGACAACCCGGCGCGUCGGCGCCACAAAUCACCCUUCCGCCAAUGGGUGUGCCGCCGCCAAACAUGAACAAUCCGAACGAUGUGCACGCGGCGGCGCAAAAACAAAUGCGACUCAUCGAGACGGAAAUGGAGAAUGACGAGGACGCGCGACGAGCGAAGGAAGGCGAGAAGGCGAAAGAGAAAGAGAGACGAAAAAUGGGAUUGCCUUCGAUUAAGCCGGGAAUCACAUACAUCGCUUCAAGAACCCUUUGGCUCAAAAAGGUCCCUCCCAAUUGCUCAGAGAAUGAUUUGAAGUCGGCCGUUGAGGCAAAUGGCGAGGUGUCGCGAGUCAAAAUCAUUGGGAAUCGCGCUUGCGCUUACGUCACGAUGGAAUCGCGAAAAGCCGCCGCCGAUGUUGUCAAUAAGAUCAAAGAAGUGACGGUGUCAAGAAAGCCUGUCAAGGUGAACUGGGCGCGAGCACCCGGAAUGAAUGAGGCUCCAUUCUCGGAGAUGUGGGAUAUCGAGAAGGGCGUGAUCGCGAUACCGCACGAUCAGUUGCCGGUGAAGCUCGACACCCUCUGCGAGGGAGCCGUCCUCGACUUGGAAUCGCUUCCGGAGAAUAAGCGAAGCAUGUACAAAGAGACCGGUGAAAUUGUGACGCCAACGAAUAUUGCGCCGCCGGCGAUUGGCCAGCUGAACAUCGAGCUUCCGAAGGCGCCCAACGCCGCCUAUCCGCCGCCGUUUGCGCCGUUCCCCGGAAUCGCUCAUCAUCACAUGCCGCCCGGUGUUCCGCCGCCGCCCGGAAUGCCGCACAACUUCCAGCCGGCGAAACCCGGCGGCACGCCAUUGAUGAACUUGAAUAUGCCGCCGCCGGGACCGCCGGGAACGUAUCCUAUGCCGCCGAUGAUGCCACCGCCCGGUGUUCCGCCCGCGUUCAAUCCGAGCCAACCACCACCACCAGGGGGUAACUUUUCGGUUCCGCCGCCGGCUGCUCGCCCGGGACUCGGAGCUCCUCCGUCAUUCGCCGCCAACCGCGGAGCAUACCGUGGCGGGGGAUCUUCGUUCAAUAGAGGGCGCGGUGGAUUCGAAGGAACUCGCGGCGGAUAUGACGGUGGACGAACCAACUAUGAUGGCGGUCGAGCGGGAUUUGAGAAUGAGCGAAAUGGUCCGAACAAUCGUGGAGCUUACGACGGAGGUCGCGGACGAUACGAGGAUCGUUACGAUCGUAGAGAUCGCGAUCGGGAUCGUGGAAGAGAUCGCUCAGGGGAUCGUCGAGGUGAUGAGCGACGAAGGACGUCGCGUUGGGGACGCGAUGAGCGGGAUGAUCGACGCGAGGAUCGGAGAGAAGAACGACGAGACGAACGGCGAAGGAGUCAUGAUCGUCGAAGUGAUCGAUGGGAACGAGACCAUUCGAACGAUCGACGAGAGUUGAGAAGAAGCCCGAACUAUGACGAAGGCGAUCAGAAGAAAGUGGCAGCUGGCGAUGAGACGGUUUCUUCGACAACACUUGAUGACGUGAAGCCGGCACCAGAACGAGUUCCAUCGGCAUCUGCCGACGAGAAAAAAGUCGACGAACGAAAAGUUGAUGGCCCUGCGACUCUUCAUGUUGAUCGCACUGAAGAAGUGCCUAUGGAUCUUGAAUAA